GUUCACACCUCCAUCGGCCGCCCAGCGAAAUAGCCUCGCUACAUUUACGAAGCUUCACGCAGUAUAUGUCUGCCAAAUCCCUUGUAUAAUCAUGAAUUAAAUUUCUUUUGUAGCUCGUUCCAACUGAUGGAUACGCAUGAGGAAGAUCUGUUGGGCAUUGACACGGCUAGAGAUUUUCGUAGGCUUGUUAUGGAUUCCUUGGAUAAACUGAACCUUCUCAUGAACGGUAAAAGCUUCAAAUUCCAUGUCGAGCAAUGCAAAAGUUUGUGCGCUUAUAUGCUCAGUAAAUUCUCCCCAUAUAUUGACAACAAUGGACCAUAUGUGGGUUACGAUAUUUGGAGCAAACGUGUGCAUCUAAUGAGAGCUUGGAAAGAAAUAUAUCGGGCCAUGAAAGAAGCAGAAGUAUACCUCAAACACUGCUCAACCGAUAGCGGCUGGCUGAAAUGUUUUAUAAUGGCUAACACAGGUGAGGCCUUCGCCCUACACAUGCACGACCUUGCUUGGUCUCUUCUUUGCUUAGAUCUAGUUCUUCUGUGCCCGAUUGAAGCAUGGGAUGAAAAAAUCCACUUUAAAGAAUUCUGCAACAGAAUAAGUAAUUUCUUUUCAGAAAUGUCUAAUUUACAUUUAGAUCACUUUGGCUUCAAGUUUCAAGACCACUGGCACCUAUUGAUGGCUUGUAAUCAAACAGUUGCCAAGGCUUGGACUCUUAAACAAAAAAAUAAAAUUGGGGUUUUACAAUUCAUGGAGAGAAAGAUAUCAGAAGCCAUCACGAAUGAGUGUAAAAUUGAAUCUGCAACUGGUACACCUACGUGUCUGCAGAUCCCUCCAAAAGAUUUAAUCAAAAAGAAAAGUAUAGGACACGGAUCUUUUGGGCAAGUGUACGAGGGUUCAUGGCUGGGGCAUAAGGUAGCCGUAAAAGAUAUUCCUAUUGAUGCUCCUGAUCUGUUCGAGAGGGAGAUUACAGUUCUUUCCAAGCUACAUAGCCCUUUCAUUGUCCAGUUGAUAGGCGCAUGUAUUGAGGGACGAAGUUGCUAUAUUGUUAUGGAACUGGUCAGCUCCAGCUUGGACAAACUACUUUCAAGUUCUGGUGGCAGGGCACCCCUGGCGCUCCCUGUUGCAGUGGAUAUGAUGCUUCAAAUAUCGAGGGGAAUGGAAUACCUUCACAGCCGGGGUAUCAUGCAUCUAGAUCUCAAAUCUUCUAAUGUUCUCAUACAGCCCUCUGCAGUUCCGGAAUUUAGGGAGCAAGGCUACGGGCGAGUUAAACUUUGUGAUUUUGGAAUGGCUAGUUUGAGGCUAUCCAGUGUUAGGUGUGAAGAUCCCAAGGGAACAUGUUACUGGAGGGCACCCGAAGCUUUUCCCUUCCCAAAUGAAGAAUUGCUCCCAGAAAUUGACACCCUAAAUGAGUACACCUAUAAAGCAGAUGUAUACAGCUUUGCAAUGACUUGUUAUGAGAUCCUGACAGGGAAGCAGCCUUUCCUGGAUGUACAUCCCAAAGAUCUGUACCGACUGAUUGUGCAAGGGAAAAGGCCGGUUUUGCAGCCGCCUUCAUGUCCAGCCGUGUUAGCUAAUUACAUAGCAAAGUGUUGGGAUACAGAUCCAAGUCGUCGUCCUUCUUUUGGACAGGUUUCUACUUUUAUGAGGAACAUGAAAUUAUUCAUACUGAGAAGUACAGAUCCUUGUGACUGGCUUGCAAACUCCGGCGAUUAUUUUCACCCACCUGAGUUGUCUUUAGAACUUGUGACGUCCAAGGAAGAAGCAUUUGAUGAAAGUUCUGCAGACGAGAAACUGGAAUUGAUAACUAGGGUUCUUGACAGCGUCCCCGCUGAGAUAAAAAGAAGAUACAACAUAAAUGUGACCGGGACAAUGCCUUCGGAGAAGAAUUCAAUGCCUUUUGAGAAAAAUCCCUUGCCUUCAAAGAAAUUGAAUGCACGACAAGCUCGAUCCUCUCUUUUGUUCCACUGCGGAAGUCUUUAUCAUUUUGAUCUAAAUGAUAUUCUUCUAUCCAGUGCAGAAGUCCUGGGAAAUGGCAGCUUUGGCACUACAUAUAAAGUUUAUUUGCAUGAUUUUGUUCUCGUCGUCAAGAGAUUAAGAGAUAUAAAUGGAGGAGAUUUUGAACGACGUUUACAAGCAUUAGGAAGUCUGAAGCAUCCCAAUCUAGUGAGUUUAGAGGCUUAUUAUAUUUCCAAAUGGGAAAAGCUCCUUAUUUAUAAUUAUCUUCCCAAUGGCAGCCUUUGCUAUCUUCUACACACUGGAAAAGUACACCUGACGUGGUGUAGGCGGAUGCAGAUAGCGGCGGAUGUGGCCGUGGGCCUGGCGUUUCUUCACAAGUCAGAUAUCGCACACGGCAAUGUAAAAUCUUCCAACGUUCUGCUGGACAACGACGGCAAUGCCUGCCUAGCAGAAUCUUGUUUCGCGGAUCUUAUCGCGGAAAACUCAAGUGUUGCUAAAAAAUCCGCGGCAUACAUAGCACCAGAGGAGCACAAUGGCGGAAGAAUAUCUAAAGAAUCAGACGUGUACAGUUUUGGAGUGGUACUCCUUGAAUGUGUCACUGGGAAGAAUCCUUCAUUGUUUAACACAGAUCUUCCCACGUGGAUUUUCUCUAUUAAAGAAGAAAGGUGGACGACAGAAGUGUUGGAUGUGAGGCUGAACAGUGAGGAGGGAGCCACCCGAAACAUUUUGAGAAUGCUCAAAAUAGCGAUGCUCUGUUGUUCUCCCCAUGUUUACGUCCGUCCCAGGAUGAGAAAUGUGAUUAAAAUGAUCCGAGAAAUUACUACAGCUGUCUCAUGUUCAGAGAAGAAUACAAUGCCUUCAGAGAAAUCGAAUGCACUGCCUUCAGAUAGGAAUGCACUGCCUUCUGAAAAGUCGAAUGCACUGCCUUCGGAUAAGAAUGUACUGCCUUCAGAGAAAUCGAAUGCACUGCCUUCAGAUAAGAGUGUAUUGCCUUCUGAGAAAUCAAAUGCACUGCCUUCGGAUAAGAAUGUACUGCCGUCAGAGAAAUCAAAUGCACUGCCUUCAGAGAAAUCGAAUGCACUGCCUUCAGAUAAGAGUGUACUGCCUUCUGAGAAAUCGAAUGCGCUGCCUUCGGAUAAGAAUGUACCGCCUUCAGAGAAAUCAAAUGCACUGCCUUCAGAGAAAUCGAAUGCACUGUCUUCAGAUAAGAGUGUACUGCCUUCUGAGAAAUCGAAUACACUGCCUUCGGAUAAGAAUGUACUGCCUUCUGAGAAAUCCAAUGCAACCAAUGAAGAAGGGCUUCUUAUAUAUAACGAUUAUCCCAAUGGAAGCGUCUAUUCUCUUCUACACACUGAAGAAGAACCCCUAAAGUGGGAUAGGCGGACGGGGAUAGCGGCGGAUGUCAUAUGGGCAACGCCUUCAGAGAAGAAUUCAAUGCCUUCAGAGAAUUUCAAUGAACGAAAAGAUCCAUCCUCUCAUGCGUUCAACGGCGGAAGUCUUGAUCUGGAUGAUCUUAUGUCUACAGAGAAACUCCUGGGAAAGGGCAUCUUUGCGAGUACAUAUAGAGCUAAUUCGCCUGAUUUUUCUGUUCUGGUCAAGAGAUUAUCACAAGGUAUAACUUUCGUCCGCAACAAAAGAGAUUUUUAUCUAGAUGAUCUUUGUAAAUCCAGUGGGGAACUCCUGGGAAAUGGCAUCUUUGCGAGCACAUAUAGAGCUAAUUUGCCUGAUUUUUCUGUUGCGGUCAAGAGAUUGUCAAAUGAUAUAAUCUACGUGCGCAACAAAAGAGAUUUUGAGCAACGUUUACAAGCAUUAGGAAGUCUGGAGCAUACCAAUCUAGUGAGUUUACAGGCCUAUCAUAUUUCUGAAGAAGAUAAGCUUCUUAUAUAUAAUUAUCUUCCCAAUGGCAGCCUCUACUCUCUUCUACACACUGAAAAAGAACCCCUGACGUGGUAUAGGCGGAUGAAGAUAGCGGAGGAUGUGGCCUUGGGCCUGGCGUUUCUUCACAAAUCAGGUAUCGCACACAGCAAUGUAAAAUCUUCCAAUAUUCUGCUGGAUAACGACGGAAAUGCCUGCCUAGCAGAUUCUUGUUUGGCUGAUAUUGUUGAAUACUCAAGUGUUGGUAAAAAUUCCAUGGGAUACAUGGCACCGGAGGAGUACAGUAGCGGAAGGAUAUCUAAAGAAUCAGACAUGUACAGGUUUGGAGUAGUACUCCUUGAACUUGUCACCGGAAGAAACCCUUCACGGUUUAGCACAGAUCUUCCCACGUGGAUUUUCUCUAUUGAGGAAGAAAGGUGGACGACUGAAGUGUUGGAUGUGGGGCUGAAGGGUGAAGGGGUAGCCAUCGAAAACAUGUUGGGAAUGCUUGGAAUAGCAAUGACAUGUUGUUCUCCCCUCGUUUACGCCCGUCCCAAGAUAAACAAUGUUGUUGAACUGAUCCGAGAAAUUACUACAGCUUACUCAUGUUCAGAGAUGAAUACAAUGCCUUCAGAGAAAUCGAAUGCACUGCCUUCAGAUAAGAAUGUACCGCCUUCUGAGAAAUCCAAUGCUCAAAAAGAUCAUUCCUCUCUAGUGUUCCACUGCGGAAGUAUUGUUCAUUUUGAUCCACAAGAUCUUAUGGGAUCCUGUGCGGAACUCCUGGGAAAGGGCAGCUUUGGGACUACAUAUAGAACUGAUUCCCAUAAUAUUUCCCUCGUGGUCAAAAUAUUGUCAAAAGAUACAAUUUAUGUGGGCGACAGAAGUGAUUUUGAACGAGGUGUACAAGCAUUGGGAAGUCUGAAGCAUACCAAUCUAGUGAGUUUACAGGCUUAUAAUACUCUCGAAGAAGAGAGGCUUCUUAUAUAUAACUAUUAUCCCAAUGGCAGCCUCUAUACCCUUCUACACACUGAAGAAGAACCCCUAAAGUGGGAUAGGCGGAUGGAGAUAGCUGCGGAUGUGGCCUUGGGCUUGGAAUUUCUUCACAAGUCAGGUAUUGCACACGGUAAUGUAAAAACUUCCAACAUUCUGCUGGACAACGAGGGAAAUGCCUGCCUUACAGAUACUUGUUUGGCGGGUAUUUUGAAAAAUUCAAGUGUUACUGAAAAAUUCUCGGGAUAUAUGGCACCGGAGCAGUACCAUAGCAAAAGAUUAUCCGAAAAAUCAGACGUGUAUAGUUUUGGAGUGGUACUCCUUGAACUUGUGAGUGGGAAGAACCCUUCAUCGGUUAACACACAUCUUCCCACAUGGAUUGUUUGUAUUGAGAAAGAAAGGUGGAGCGAUGAAGUGUUGGAUGAGAGGGUGGAGAGGGAUGGGAGAGGCAUCCAAAACAUGUUGGGAAUGCUUGAAAUAGCAAUACGUUGUACUUCUCCCCAUGUUUACUCCCGUCCCAUGAUGAACAAUGUGGUCGAAAUGAUUCAAGGAAUGAGGGCACCUGCCUCAUGUUAACAUGCAGCCACCGAGUAAAGAGUGUCAACCGGUCAACCCACCCUUGAAACAUUUAUGCAGGCAUUGUAAAUAUUUUUGUAAAUAUUUUUGUAAAUUGUUUUUUUCUAUGAUAAGCAUCGUAAAUAAUUUGGUAAGAGGCCACACAAGAAUUAAUGUAAAUAUCUUUUAGCUGUGC